GUCCUCAGUGCCACUUGCCUUUUGACCCCCCUGAUGUGGUCAAUGGGCAGGUUUUUUGCAACAACUCGUCCUCUGCGACUACGAUAACUCAACAGUGCCGGGUGAUUUGCUAUCCAGGCUUCCACAGCGCAUUUUCCAGCGGGGAGACGUUUCUCUGUGAUGUAGAGACCAGCCUCUGGGUAGGAGAUCCGCCACACUCGCAAACCUGUCAAAAGCUCCAGCCAUUCCAGAGUGUCCAAACGCAAAGUCACUUUCAGCUCCUGCUGCCUCCUGAGAAGACCUGCAGUCCCGACUACUCUGGGUUGCUUGAAGCCUUCCAGAUCUUUAUUCUGGAUGAGAUGAAGGCCCGUGGACUUUGUCAUGUUCAGGCCAAUACCCUUGAGCGCCUGGUUUCGGUUCCCAUUUGUGGUGAUUCUGCUGUUCGGGUAGAGUGUUUGUCCGCCGACCGUUUGGGAGUGAACGUCACGUGGACAGCUGUGCUGGAGGAUAUCCCGGCAGCUUCACUUCCUGACUUGCACAACAUCGAAGAAGCUAUGGUCGGUGAUCUCAUGGGACGCUUCGAAUCGCUCAUCAGGAAUCGUGGGUUUGUCUUCCAUUUGGACUCCAAGCGCUUCCAGGCAGACACUUCCAUUCAUUUCCUCAGAGAUGUUGAUUUAAAAAUAUCUUCUGGAGUUUACCUUGGGUGUGUCACGGCCUGCCAGAUGGACAAACGAGGCUUGCGGUGUGAUGAGAGCGGCCAGUAUGAGCCUUACUUUGAAGACUCUUCUACCAACAAGUCAUUCUGUGUUGAUAGCCUUGGAAAGAUAUUGGAGUGGACCGAAACAGACAGCCGGCUUACAGCCGCCCAGUGCCUAGUUCUUCGGCGUUUCGAGAGCGUUCCUGCCUCCAAGCUUUCCGUCUCGACAGAUGAGGCCGAGAUGGUUCGGUCUGAGACCAUCCAAGGGGAGCCCAGCAGUGCGCUUUGGCAAUGCGUUGCAGGGCAAGAAUUCACAACAGCUGGAGCCAAGACCUUCGAGCGGACUGAUUUCCAGGAUGUUGUGUCUGGCGUGUACAGGAAUCUGGUUCUCCCAGCAGCCGCGACAUCUUUGACCGAUGUUCAUCUCUUCUGCCGCCAAGGCUGCAGCCAAGACCCUUGCUGUGACGGCUUUAUCCUGAGCCAGGUCCUGCUGGAUGGAGAGUCCACACUGGAACUCUUUUCCUUGAUGGAAAGCAGCCAGAUCCAGCUCGACCAACGCCGUUCCCUUCCAUCCCAAGAGUACCGGAUCUUCAAGCACACGUACUCAGCAGAAGAGGCCCGCCUCUGGUGUCUCACACGUUGUGCAGAAGAUGAAUUCUGUCAUCUGGUGGACAUUCCCAAUGUCACAAGCCAAACGUACUUCACUUGCACCCUCUAUCCUGUGGCCCAGGUCUGUGAGAACAUUGUCAACAGCAUCCCGGAGAACUGCAGCACUGUGUUACCUCAGAAGCCAAACAUUUUAUUUCAGAAAAAAGUCUCUCUGGAAGGGAGCGUAAAGAACUUUUACACUCGUUUACCUUUCCGUAAAGUUUCGGGGAUCUCCGUGAGAAACAAGAUGGAUGUGUCUGGGAAAGCUGUCGGAGAUGGGAGUGCGGCGGCGGCAGUAAUGGCGGCGGAGCAGUGGCGAUCCGAGGAUGUGGCGACGACGGAUGGAGGCGGAGCUGUGACGGCGCGACGGCGCGAAGACGCAGCGCGGAGGAGCCUAAGGGACAUUAGCCGGAGCAGCCGCGCGCCAGAGGAACUCCAUCUGAAGCUUGCCGUCUGGGUGCCGCUUCAUAACUCUGAAUUGGUAGCUUUGGACCAGUGGCAACGUGUCGAUAAGUCUUCGGUGCUCAUCGAUCCCUCCGUUUCACAAUUUGAUAUUUUGCACCUCAGCAAAGAAGCCGCGAGUGGUUUUGCUUCUGCCCGAGACAUUUGCCUGUCAGGUUCCUCCCUGGCGAGUGGCAACUGGGGCCUGCUGGACCAGGAAGCAGCUCUGAAAUGGACACAGGACAAUAUUGCGAGCUUUGGAGGAGACCCCAGCCAGAUUACGACUGCAGCGGACCGCAGCGGAGCCGACAUCGCCAGUCUUCACCUGGUUGCAGGCGCCAGGGACUCAGGCCUCUUCAAGAGAGCGUUGCUGAUGAUGUUCACAAAAGAAAACGACGUCACCAAAUAG